AUGGCGGAAUUCGAAGGAGGAGGACCAUCUCCAGUUGCAGAGACAGUGUUUACAGUUCUCCCCAGUGCCCGAAAGAUAUGUGGUCUUCUCGACAGCAUCUUGAAUAUUUACGAUCCGGUUCUUGCUGGUCACUGUUCAGCGCCAGUUAGCCAACCGAAACCGCCAACUGCACCUCUCAAUCCUCCUCCCAUGCUUCUCAAAGAUCUGGAUCAAUCCAACUCAAUGUUGGAGCCACAAGCGAUUGAUGGCUUGAAGAUGGGCGUCAACUGCCAGCUUAAUGAUCGCAUCGGAGCGUCGACCAACUUUCAAUACGGAAGUGGAAUGCCUAUGUUUGGCGUGCCUGGGCUCAAGUUUGAGAAAACUUUGAGCUGGAUGGGCAACGACUUCGUCAAUUACGAAGGUCAGCUUGCCCCAAAUUUGCAAGUGAUGAUUGGACCCUUCAACUACGGCGAUCUCGUUAAGGGUGAUCUUGGAGGCAUGCAGCUGGUCAAACACGGUCGAAACUCACAACUCGUUCUUAUGAACCAAGGAAACUACCAGCAGUGGAAGCUCAUGGUUCUGGCGCACAAGCAGACCAUCCAAGCGGGUCCCCUCAAUAUGAAACUGAACUCGACGCUGCAAUCACCUGGUGGUCUCGGCGGAAUCUACGGUGGUCAGUGUAUGGCGGAGAUUGAAGCUGCUGCUAAUGUUGGCAGCUUCCGAGGAAUGAACGUCCACAUUGGUGGUUCGAUGGGAACUCAGAUUCCUGCAUACGAUGGUAAUAAGAUGAGCUAUCUCACUGGUCCUCUCACGGCCGCUGUCGGAGCUGCUGUGUCAACUUCUCCGUACAUUAUCUUCCAGAAGAUGCCCAGCCCUUACCAACAGUGUCACGCUUUCGAUACAAACGACACUAUCGCUUUACGAUGGAGCCGAGCGGAGAACAAGGCGAAAAUCACGAUUUCGUCAACUCCAGCUGGCGAUGGAAUGGCCAUCUCUCAGGCCAUCAAGUCGCCUCAUUAUUUGAAGGAAGUUCCGAAGGCGGAAAGGAUGGAGUUGAAUCAGUGGGCCAACUCUGAGAGACACGGCUACAUGCUCAACUGUGAAUAUGAUUAUUCAGCUCAUCUUAUGAAUUACUCCGUGGCGUGGCAAACGAAGUUUUUCAACAAUAAGUCCGGCAUCAAGGUCGGUCUUGAAGGCAAACCCGGGGAAAUUAUCCCAAGCUCGAUUAAAGCGACGCUUUCGGACAAUAUGAUGUUUAAAUCUUCUGGCAAACCUGAAGACGCAUCCCCUCUUACUUUAGAUUUAUCUAUUGCCUACGAAGCGUCCGAAACUCCGAAGGCGCCCAAGAUCGGCCUCGCUCUCAAUGUCGAGCUCUAG